CUCGUGUAAAUAUAAAUGGAGGACUUAGCUAAACAAGACCACGACUUCUACAGUCCGAGAGGAGGGCCCUAUCAAGAACAAAGUGAUAAUAUCCUGCCUGUGAUCAGGCAAGCUUCUGAGCAUUUGGAGAUAUCAGCUAUUGAAGACACUCAGAAUAACCAUCUGGUUAUCCAGAGUUUAAUAGUCGAGUACUUGACUUCUAUCAACCAAAUUGAGAAAGCAGAAAUGAUCAGGAAUGAUCUCCAGGUCAUCCAGACUGAGAACAGAGACUCUGCUGUUGGAAAUCUCUCAGCCCAGCAUAAGCUGAUCAGCUUGUACGACAAUGGAAGAAGAGAAGAGUUUUUUAAAUAUUGGAGGCAAACAAUUUCUAUUCAUUCAAGAAAUCAGAAUUUAACGUUUUUGAAAGUAGAGUUUUAUAUAUCACUUUACUUCUGCCUCUACCCCCUAUUCCUAGCUAUGAAGUUAGUCAAGAGCGAUCAGAAGCUGAACUCUGGAGAGACAUCUCAGUGGUAUAAGAGGGAAAUUGGGUAUUUCAAAAAAUAUAUUGAUAAAUAUGGAUCAGAUUUUUCACAGACCACUGAAUUUCUUUCAUUCUACGCUCUUAGCUAUGUUGAUAACCCUAUUACACACUCUUCAUUCUCAAAACUCUUUACUGAGAAAUGGAUCAGCGAGAGGAGAAACAUUCUGAUAAAAUUCUUGAAGAAAGAGUUUCCAGAAAGACAAAUGUCUCGAAUCGAGAAGCUGCUUGUUUUUCAUCAGAAAUAUGGCAAGACUGAUAUUUCAGAGUUAUUCACCAAGAACAUCAACAGGGUAGAAGUUCGGAGUGGGCCCAUUGGUGACGACACUAACACAUUCUCCCGAGCGAAGUCUCAAAAUCUGAUUGAAAAGGAUAUCUCAAAGGAAAAAUAGCAUGAUUAUUACUCCUUCAUAUCAUGAUAAUGAGGAUAUUUCUCAGAUAAAGGAGGAGUAUCAGAAUGUGAAGCAACUUUCUACUGAUCUCCUCGCUUGCAUGAACAGAAUCGUGCAGAGUCUUACCAGUGACGAUCCUAGCCACAGAACCAAGAUCCACCAAUGGGCUGUAAGCAAACUUAAGGAUUAUGGGGAUCAUCUUAGAGAAGAUAAAACAGAAUUCUCUAGGCAAGAGUCUGAGAUCGAUCCACAAGAUGAUCCCAGCGACUUUUAUAGUGAGAAAGGCAUGGUGCCUAACAAGGAAUUUGGCAGAGCCACCAUUAAUGCUGGCAAGAGAAAAAUCCCCAGGGUUGAGCCUGAAGAGUUUUAUAAGACAGAUACCGCUAUCCUCUCUGAAAAUCGUCGUCUUUCCGAUAAAGAGUUUAAGUCAUCAAGUCGACAUGAAUCUGCUCAAUCUGUUGAGGAAGAUCAAGCUGUUAAGCUUAAAGCUGCUACUCCAGCUCCUGAAAUUUCAAAGGAAGAGAUUCAGCAAAAAGAGCAAUCCUCAGAAUACUAUGAAGAUGAUUUCGAAGACUACUUUUCUGAAAGAGAUGCGUUACAAGCAGAGGAAGAGAAAAAGACUGAGAAAGCUAUGAGUGACAAAAAGUUAUCUAAAACCACAGAGUUUUCGUUAAUAGACCUCAACUACGGUAAAAUGAGGGAUGAUUUGUCAGAUUACUCUUUACUUCUACUUAAGAGCACUGCUACUUCUGAAGGAGUAAACAAGGAUGGAAUCCUCGAGAAGAAGACCUGUGCUCUACUGCAUACUCUGAAGAAGAUGAUAUCUAAUUAUAGUUCGUUUCAAUCAGGCACAAAGAUGACAAGACGGCAGGUUCUGGGGUUCUUGAUAGAACAUGAUAUCUUCGGAUAUUAUCAUGUUAAAAUUGACACUAAUUCCAAAAUAUUCGAGAUCUUCCCUAACACACUAAUUAGAUUAUUAUACAGCUCUACUAAAAAGCAAGAAGGGGAUGGAAAGUCAGCUCCAAGAGUAGUCCAAUACACAGUUGCUUUAUUGAAUGCCAUUUCUUCUAUCAAAAUGGGAAGGGACUACCUCCUUCCUAGAGAAAUAGAUUAUGAGCAUGGAAAGCACAUGACUUUGUGCCUCAUUAAGAGGAUUGUCCAAGUCAUGAGUAAGGAGACAGGUGACAGCCUUCUCAGGCAGUAUUCAAUAGGAGUCUUGCAGAAGUUCUCUCUUCGGAACUCCUCGCAGCUGAUCCUAAUAGAGCUUGAUAUGAUCGAAAAGAUAGUCUCAAUUAUCAGGACGGAGUACCAAACAAUCAGUGAUUACUCGCUCGAAUGACUGAUGGCAACACUGAUGAACCUAUCUCUUCGUACUAAAGGUAAAGAGAGAAUGGAGAAGAUCCAUAAAAUCCUAGUACCUUUGCUUAAAGGGAUCCUCUCUAUGAGCAGUGGGCAGAUAACUAUCUAUGCUAAUGGAGUGCUAUUCUCCCUUAUUACUAACACAGCUGUUCGUGAGUUUAUCAAGCAGACUAACCUCAAAGAGUUCUUAGAAGAAACUCGUGAUGAUAUACGUAACAGCUUGUUCACAGGUAAUGAAAACGAAGACGAAGAAGAUGAGAUGCCAGAAGAAGACAAGAGACAACUUCUCGUUCAAAUCUCUUAUAUAAUCCAAAAGCUUGAAGAACCAGAAGGCGAAAAGAGGAUUCAAGAAGCUGAGAAUAGCCGAAUCGGCUUCUCUCAAACUGAAGAACAAGAUGAACAGCUCAGUGAUGCUCACCAGGAUGGGUCCAAGAGAGGUACAGACUAUAGAGGAGAUGCUGAAGAUGAAGAUGACGACUUAACUGACGAUGAAGAGCUUGAUUCAACCCUUCAAAGCGCCAGUCUUUUAAUAGCAGAGUAUAGUUUAAAGAAGGUUCAUGCGAAAGUUUAUGAGAAGGUUCAUGAGGAGGUUCCGUCUGAAGAUUCAGCUUCUUAUAAAGAGGAAUAUAAAGUUCCUCCAGUUAAAGAUGCUCCAAAGAUUUUUCAGUAUAACCAACAGCCAAGCCAAAUUAUCAGGGACUCAGGCCAUUACCAACCGAGGGAUAGAGCAGAUAUCAGGAUGUCUCAUAAAAAUGUUUUAAACAAAAGAUUAGAUGUUAAAAACAAAGAAAUGGAGCAGAAAUUUGAUCAAGCUAAUAAAUACAGAGAUGUCAGACAAUAUCAAAGUGUUAAUCAUCCAUUGAGCCCUUAUAAAAGUGAGGAGGAAGAAAUGGUAUUUAGACCUCGCUCGAAACUCCUAAGAACACCUAAAGAUUCCCAUAACGUAUACAGGGAAAGUUAUGAAAAGGUAACUUUUGGAAAUCAGAGACCAAACAAAUCUCCGAAUUUCAACGAGCCAGACAGCUUUUAUCAAAAUUCCAAAGAUAAGGGAAAUCCUAGAGCCAUGUCUAGCCUUCCAGCUAUAGCCCCAUCGCCGAAGAGCAUCAAAAAGCCUGCAGUGGGUAAGAUAAAGUUUCCUCAAAUUUAA